AACUCAUUUAUUUAUUUCUCUUCAUAGUCUAGAAUCUGUGUAUUAGUUUGUAUUAAUUUAAUUUGGCACAUUUUUAUUAGUUUAAUUGAUCCAUUUAUGUUUACUGAAUAACACCAUGCACAGAUUUCCAGUCACUUUGAUAAUCAGUGUAUUGCUUGCUUUAGAUUUUAUAGUAUUUGACUUGCAUUGGAUCUUAUGUUGUGUUUUACUUGGUUAGAAGUUACUGAAUGUUGUCGACUCAAAGCCGCACGUAAGCUGCCUCGUGCUGAUGGUUGUGUAGAUGUAGCCUGUUGUAGAGGGAGUCAGGAGAGCAAGCUUCAGUUCAUGCUGGUAGUCUGUGCUGCCCUGUCACUGAGGUCAUCUUGUGUGGGUUCAGUGUAUUUAGAUUCAACACACUGGUUUUCAAAGCGGCCUAACCUAACUUUGUGCUGCUCUAUCACUGAGGUCAUCUUGUUUGGAUUUUCAAAGCAGCCUAACCUAACAUUACUGACCCACAUAUAUUACAGAAAGUGGGUUAUUAAUUUUUUUUUCCUGUAUUAGAUGCUCAGUUUGUCUUUAUUUAUGCAGUUAUGUAUUCCUAACUCCCCCUCAACAACUGCAUACUUCAUCCCUUCACCUGUACUUGACAUAAUUCUCUCAUUCACUGUUUCAUCACUUUCGCCAUCCAUUCCUUGCAUACACAACACAGGUGCAGUUUCAUUCAAAAUUCUGUUAAUGUGCCACACACUCCUUUCUCAGUGACUUUACCUUCAUAUUGGUCAACCAGUUUUGUUUCUCACAUUCCACUUUUCGUGUCUCAAUAUCCUGUCUCAUUUUCUCAUUUCCUGUGCCAGGACAGCCACUUACACAUGCCUUGAGUCAGGGUGGAGUGCUGGGGAUCACCUAAUCAGGGUGUUUGCUUUAUCAGACUGCGGGUUGAUAAGAUAAGAAUGUUAGUGAAGUUUGUCAGCAUUUGUGUAAGGAAUUGAAGAUUUGUGGUAUAGAAUCAGUGACAAUGGCGAAGAAAUUAUUGUUUUCAUGGCGGAAUGACAAAAGUUACAAAAUUGAAAGGGUGAAGUUUGGUGUCCCGCUGGAGCAAGUAUGCAAGAAUGACAUCCCUGGGUCUCUGCUGGUGCUCAUCCUGAAGCUGAACAAAGAGGGGCCCACCAAGAAGGACGUCUUUCGUGCCCCAGGCCAUCAGGGAUCCAUGAAGAAACUAAUACACUUCUUGCAGAAUGGACGGCUUGUUAAUAUUGACAACUUCUCGGUGUAUACAAUUGCAUCCGUCCUUAAAAAAUUUCUCCGAAAAUUGCCUGGGGGUAUUUUUGGCCGUGAUGGUGAGCAGCAACUGUUCUCCAUCAUCCAGUACCAGGACACGGAGCUGCAGCGGGACCACAUCCACCGCCUCAUCACCUCCCUGCCCCCUGUCACACAACACCUUCUGGUCCUUCUCUUUGGUACAUUCAGAGUAAUAGCCAUGAAUGCAAGUAGAGCACAGACAGGAAUGACUUCAGAGGCUCUGGGUGUGUCGGUUGCGCCCUCCUUCUUCCAGUCUUGUGUGGCAGAUGGAAAGACGGCACGCAUGGAAGAUGUCAUCCGCUUUAAGGAAGAAGUUGAUGUGGCCACUCAGAUCAUGCAGUUUCUGAUUGACAACUUUGGAGUGAGCAACCUGUUUGGGAGAGCCAACUACGAGUACUAUGCCAGAAUCACGGGACGCAUUCUGAAGGUGGAAGAGGACUGGAUAUUUGCCUUCAGAUAUCCACCCGAGAGCAAAGUGUCUCGCCAACGCUCUCUUGAAGCAGAAAAAACUUGGCUUCAGUUUGAAUCGGAGCGCUGGGGUCUCAAGUUCAACCUUGAAGCAAUGGCCGGCCAGGAGGAAUCACAGUCCACCCCAGAGCUGAUCCACAUCCCAGAGAGCAGCGGCCUGGCCUACAUGGGUGGCGUGAGCAGUGAGGCGGGUGCUGUGGGUGGUGUGGUGACUGGCGUGCCCGAGAACACCCUGCAGGAGUCAUGCACACGCCUCUCCACCUCCCUGGAGGAGAAUGGCCUGUACAAGGGCAAUGGGCAGGACAGCAGCAGUGGCAGCUCCCACUCAGCACUGCGCAUGACACUGGAUGAGCUGCGGCAGGUCAACCGCUAUGCCGAGAGUACCAAGAGUCUCUCCUACCUCCCUCAGGUUCACGAGAGACAGACUGAACGCAUGAGAACUCGGAGUGAAUGGUUCUUGUCCCAUUCUCCCCAUGCCUCACCGCUGCCGCCGGUGGACGUGGAGUGCCAGCCGCGUGCCGUCUACAUCCUCCGCUCUGGCUCCAUCAACAGGCCGCCCUCAGGUGGAGCAAGCAGUGAAAACGUGGGAAGCUUACUGAGACGCUCAUCCAGCAAGGACAAAGAGAGAAAGUUGGUAAGGCGUUCCUCCAGUAAAAAGGACAAGGAAAACGGACAGAAAGGAUCUCGGGGAAGAUCAUCAAGUGCAGACGUCAAAACUCCAACUCCUGGAGACUACGUGUCCAGCCCUCGGCGGCGCGCCCCUCCCCCAGUACCUGACUCUCCCCCGGCCCUCACCGACCACGACUGUACAGAAACAGACGUCCAAAGAGUGCAUGUCUCCUUAACCUACAAACCCAGAAUAUGAAACCAAGCCAAAAUUAGCAUUGGUAAGAAGUGUUCCGCAGGCAUCGGGUGUCUAGGAAAAUACUGUCGUGUUGGCCAAAAUGAAUCUGAGUCAUCCUCCAAGUGGUGGACUGAAUCAGUUUUCCCCGGCACAAGCUGCAGUCACUGCCAGGCUGCCAUCAUCAGCUGUAGAGAGAGCGCUGAAACAUCCUCCUGCUUUGUCUUCAUCUGCACCAUUCAUGACUCAGGAUUAGGGGGAAGUUGGCUGUCAUUGGAGAUUUUAUUAGUAAAUGUGUACGUACUUAUAUUUUACAAGGAAAUUCUGACUGUUAAGCAUUUAGUUUAACUGAUGAUCAAAAUGAAUAAGUCAUCUUUUAUAUUUUCUUAACAUUGUAUAAGUUUAGCCCGUAUAUUUGCCCACUUACUGCCACAAGACUUAUGUAGUUGUAAAUUUCCAUGAUUAAGAAAUGCUCUUUGGGAUUAAAUGUUGGUGUGAGUCCAAAGUACAAAUGAGCUUGAGGUUUCCAAGUCAUGACAUGAUGGACUGGUUGUGAUACAGAGAAACACAUUGUUGGAUCUUGCUAGUCAUACCACCACCAAAGAGUUUGUAGAACAGAUUUCAGUGGUUCCAUUCUUGCUUUUACAGCAUAUACGCAUAUACCAUUCAUUGAAUAAUUUUCCAGUACAAGUGUUCAAGGCUUUAAACGCUGGUACCACUCUUAAAUUGACUCGAGUGUUUAAUGUUUGAGCAGGUCUGUGAACAGGUCAUGGCCAUCGCUGAUAUGUCCGGUUGUUGUAGUGUUCUGGUGUAAGUGUAAAGAAGAGUUCUUUGUGCAUGUUGAUUAUUAUUAUUAUUUUACUCAAAGCUUUUAACUCUUACAGGCAUCCACUUGGAAGUAGCACAUUCCACUGUACAUGCCAUAAAAUUUUUCCUCAUGUCUCUGUGCUGGUGGGAUGUGGUGUCUCACGCAACUGAAUCAAUGCCCCUCAGAGCCAAGCGGGGAAAAUAUAUUAUAUAUAUAUAUAUAUAUAUAUAUAUAUAUAUAUAUAUAUAUAUAUAUAUAUAUAUAUAUAUAUAUAUAUAUAUAUAUAUAUAUAUAUAAAAACAUACUACUUACCACACAUACUGUUGACCGAGUCUGUGUAUGUAAACAUUCCGUCUAAAUCUGGAGAUUAUGUAGAGGAUGUGUUUUUGAUCGUAAUAAUGGAAGGUUUACCACCACCUCUGCACAAGUCCAGUAUCUGUAAGCAGUUUGCUUUUAUAUUUAAUACCAAAUGCAGCUUAUUAUGUAAGAUAUUUUGCAUUGUAUGAUUUUAUAUAACUUUUUGGGUAUGAGGGCAGUGACCCCAAGAAGACAGAGCAGCUCCUGCCAGGCAGUCUAGUGGUAGAGGUGGUGGUGGUGGUGGAGGGACCCGUGUAGGGUGGGAUCUGAGGGUUGGCUCAUUUAAACUUUUGAAGAAUGCUUCUCAAGCCUGGAUAACACACAUAUCCUUAUUUGUGCACACACACACACACACACACACACACACACACACACACACACACACACACACACACACACACACACACACACACACACACACACACACACACACACACACACACA